AAAAUUUCUUUUAAAUUAUGCUAAAGUAGCAUAAAUGUAAAUCUACAAUGCCUGAUUGAAUUUUAUAUUUGAAUAACCCCAGUUGGGUUUUUUUUAUUUUACCAUUAAUUUUGAAUGACCGGACAAAUAUAAUACCAGGAUAAAUACAGGAUGAAGGAGACUACACAUUUUCCAUAAACUCAAGCAAAUUCAACCAAAUAUUUUGGAAUUCCAGUACAGUAUGAAAGUUAAAUUUACAAUUCGAAGUGGGGUAAGCAGAACACUUGUUUUACAAUUCGGCUUCUAAUUCAACCAAGUCCAUCGAAUUUUAUGAGUUUCAAACUUCGUUAAUCGUCGCUUAUCUACGAUUCCACAUCACACUGAAGCUUCAGUUGUAGGCCUACCGGGUUACUAACAUAGAUUUAAUAAUCAAAACUUGUAAACUGAAUAUUUUGUAACUUCAGAAAUGAAAUUGAUUUUUAAUGUUGAAAAUAUAAGAUUCAAUCGGACUUGGCUUAAAUUUUAUUUCAACCAGGAUUGCCAAAAUAUUCACUGGCCCUCAUGACCAGCAUUGCUUCCUACUUGUUAGGCAGUCUUAUUUGAGAUUACUCAAAUAGGGUUGGUUACAAUUGGUAGCAGAACGUGGUUCUAAUGUGGUUCUGCCUUUUAAUUUAUAUGGAAAUCUUGGUUGAAAUUGAAGUAUAAUUUAUUUAGUAUGGUUACUGAGAGAGAGCUUAGUACUGAGCAAUUAUUUUCAUGAUUUGUAUUUUGUACCGUAUUGAAUUGUUUCACUUGCUAUAACCAUCGAUUUUGUAAUCAUGGAAAAACUAAAUCAGACUAUUUCUGAUGAAAUUGAUCUGAGUAAAUUUUUAACUCAGAAAAUUAUUCCUGAUUAUCUUGUGAAACCUAACCUUGUUUUUGAACUCAUGACCUUGGGAGAAGACUUGUCAAGUCUUGAGUCAUGCAAUGUGAGUAAUCUUAGAUCUAGCUAUCGUUCAUUAGCAGGUAAUAGUACCAAUCAAAUUAUUCAUAAUUUGUCAAGUUAUAAUGAGUCAGUCAAUUGUCUUAGAGAAAAACUUCCAAAAGUAAUGGAACUUAUUGACACUGUACAAAAUGGUGUGCAAACUGGAUAUUACAGAACUGUAAUCAGAGCUAAUGUAGUAAAAAUUGAGUCAAUAUUUAUGCAUUAUUUAAAUAGGAUGAAACAAAUUAUUGUAUUUUUACAAACGGAGAGUGAAGAAACUCUUGUCUUAACUGAAAAUUUGGAUGAGCUUUCGAAUUUUGCAAAACAUUUUAUUGAUUGUUAUAAUAGAAUUAUUGAACUACAAAGCUUGAUUGCUCCAUCUAGACCACCAUCACCGAAUCCAGCUGCUUUACUGGAACCUUUUCCUAGUCAAUCCAAAGUUGUAAUUAAUAAAAAUUUAGGAACUAGUUCAAAGGAUACUUGUGCUGUUACAUUGUGUGAACCUGGUACAAGUGGUGAGUCUACAACUGAAUUUGAAAAUAUUGGUCCAUCAAAACUCAAUCAUGGUUAUCAAGUUAAUAAUUUGAUCCCUAGACCAACUUUGGAAAUUGAUUCAAGUUUCUACAAUAAAUUGAGAAAUCCUGUAGAAAGCUUCUUGAAAAAUCUUCAGCCUUGUGAUGGAUUAAAUAUUGAUAGCUUAUUGAAAUUCUUGGAAGCUGCUAUAAAAAUUCAUGAUUUAUCAGUUAUGUCUGACACAAGCCUAUUGCAAAUUCUUGUUCCUUAUACAACUGGACCUCUAGGUGAUAAAAUAUUGUACUCUUUGAAUUCUAAUGCUAGCUUCAAACAAUUUCACCUUGACUUGUUGAAAUAUUUUAUCCCUCAGCGUCUUCUCUCAACAAUUAAGAGAGAUAAAUUUGAUAGAUUGCAAGGACCUUGUGAAGCCCUAUCAUCAUACGUGACAAGUAUCAAAGAAGCAGCGAAAUUAUUAUUAUUGGAUGAGAGUGAAGCUGAAAUUGUUUUUUUUUAUUUUACCAUUAAUUUUGAAUGACCGGACAAAUAUAAUACCAGGAUAAAUACAGGAUGAAGGAGACUACACAUUUUCCAUAAACUCAAGCAAAUUCAACCAAAUAUUUUGGAAUUCCAGUACAGUAUGAAAGUUAAAUUUACAAUUCGAAGUGGGGUAAGCAGAACACUUGUUUUACAAUUCGGCUUCUAAUUCAACCAAGUCCAUCGAAUUUUAUGAGUUUCAAACUUCGUUAAUCGUCGCUUAUCUACGAUUCCACAUCACACUGAAGCUUCAGUUGUAGGCCUACCGGGUUACUAACAUAGAUUUAAUAAUCAAAACUUGUAAACUGAAUAUUUUGUAACUUCAGAAAUGAAAUUGAUUUUUAAUGUUGAAAAUAUAAGAUUCAAUCGGA